AUGUUUUGCUUUCUUCAAGGAAUCAGUGUUAUUUUCCGUAGUCCAUCCUUAAUUGAUUGUGGUGUGACUCUCGUACUUAGCAAACAAGUAGGAAACUGUGCCACAGACGGGACCAUUUUCGAAGCAUUAAUUGCCAAACACAGAAUGAGAGCACUGGCUUUUUGUGUGUUUUUGGUCCUUCUCCUGAUCAAAGAUUCUUCAGCGGCGGUGAGGAAGCAUUACAUCGCUGCAGUGGAGUUUAACUGGGAUUACAGAAACAGCAAUCUCUUACCAGGGUCAGGAGCUGGAAAUGUGAGGUCAUUUUAUUCUUCCAGAACGAUCCCUCAGUACAGGAAGGCAAUUUUUGUGGAAUUCAAAGACUCUUCAUUCCUCACACCGGAACCAAGGCCCGAAUGGAUGGGGAUUCUUGGUCCCACAAUUCGAGCUGAAGUCAAUGACAAAGUGAUAAUCCACUUUAAGAACCUAGCUUCGCGACCUUUCAGCAUUCACCCAUUUGGGAUCUCUUACUGGAAGAUGUCAGAAGGAGCUUCAUACAAUGAUCACACAUCCAUGCCCGAAAAGAAAGAUGACAUAGUGCCACCCAAAGGUGAAUACAUAUACGUCUGGGAAAUUACUGACAAUCUUGGCCCAAUGAAUGGUGAUUCCAAUUGUCUUACCUAUGCGUACUCUUCAUACGUGGAUCCUGUGAGAGACUUCAACUCAGGUUUAAUUGGAGCAAUGCUUGUAUGCAGACAAGGUUCUCUAAACGAAUUUGGGAAGCAAAUGGAUCGGCAGGAGUUUGUGCUUUUGUUCUCGAUCAUUGAUGAGGGUAAAAGCAUGUAUCUUGAAACAGACAGGAUCAGAUAUAGACUUCCUGGCCGUCAGAAUGUCAAAGGGAGGAUGUAUUCAAUAAAUGGGUAUACCAAUGUUUCCUUACCAGAUCUGAAUAUUUGCAAGAACAAAGUCAUCAGCUGGCACUUAAUAGCUAUGGGCUCGACCCCAGAAUUGUACUCUAUUUAUUUUGGUGGAUAUGGGCUUCUACUGCGUGACCACAGAGUUGUCUCAGUUGAAUUGGCUCCAGCUGCAUUUGUGACUGCAGAAAUGACCCCAAGUCAUGAAAGCAAAUGGCUGCUGAGCAGCCAAAACUCAAAACAUCAACAAGCUGGAAUGAAGGCUUACAUUAAUAUCAAGGGAAUCUGUGAAGAAGAUAAUGCUUCAAUUUGGAAAACUAAGCAAGUGGAAGAGGAGACUGACAGUAAUGAUUAUUAUUAUGAAUUUGAAGAUGAGGAGGACAAUCACAUACAAAUUAACUAUUUGCCACGAACAACUGUAACCAAAAGCAGGUCAAUGGAAUGGAUUUAUUAUAUUGCUGCUGUGGAAUGUAAUUGGGAUUAUGCUCCAACUCUUCCAGACAAUGUGAACAGCGAGUUAAGACGCAAAUUUCUGGAAAGGGGUCCAGACCGAAUUGGAAAGGAAUAUAAAAAGGCUGUUUACGUGGAGUAUACGGACAGCACCUUCAUGGUUAUAAAACACAAACCGAAUCCAGAGUCGUCAAAGGGGAUUCUGGGCCCAGUUUUACGUGGAGAGGUUGGAGAUCGCUUUAAGAUCAUCUUUAAGAAUCUUGCUAGCAGACCAUACAAUAUUAAUCCACAUGGACUGACAGAAAUAAGGGUUGACACAAUCGAAGGUUACAAUGUAAGAAACCAUAUUGUUCAACCCAAUAAAACAGUCACUUAUUUUUGGAGUGUGACUGAAAAUGAUGGACCAACCAACUCUGACCCAGGCUGCCUGACUCGAUUUUACUUCAGCAAUGUGGAUAUGGAUCGUGAUAUCGCCUCAGGGCUUAUUGGGCCUCUGUUGAUCUGUGCAACAAACAUGCUGGAUAUCAAUGCACGAAUGGUAAAAAUUGACAAAGCCAAGUAUCUUUUUUUCUCCAUCUUUGAUGAGAAUAAAAGCUGGUAUAUAGAGGAUAAUAUUGAAAAAUAUUGUGAGGAUCCAUCACGGGUGAAUCCAAAUGAUCCCAAUUUUUAUGAUUCCAACCUCAUGUACAGUAUUAAUGGGUUUGUCUAUGAAAAUGUACCCAAGUUGAAGUUCUGUGAGGAUGAUGUGAUUUUUUGGCACGUAAUCGUUGGUGCUCAAGACAACUUUGUUUCAAUUUACUUCCAUGGACAAACUUUUAAACAUGAUGGGGUGUAUGAAGAUGUGUUGACUCUCUUCCCACUUUCGAGUGAAACAAUCCACAUGCACAUGGAUAACAUUGGUUUGUGGUUCCUUGAGCCCCUCAAUUAUCAUUAUCAAGUUCAGGGCAUGAGGGCAAAGUUCAGAGUUCGUAACUGUGACAAUGACCUGGAAGCCUUGGAAGAGUCCCUGAAGGAAAUUGAUCCUGAUGAGGCAUAUGGAAACAUACUUCAAGAGGAAACAGAGGAACUUAUUUUCAAACCCCGAUCAUUCAACGCACACAACAACAACAUAACAAAACUAUAUGAAGCAAUUGAACUGGAGGAAUUAAUGAAUAUCACUAAUGAUGUGGAAAAUAUGACUGAGAAAGAUCCAAUCUGGUCACAUUGCAGACCAAGGCCAAAUCACAUCUUACAUAAGCAAUACACUGACGGCAAAAAAGAAAAUGACUUUCUAUAUCAUACCAAUCAUUUAUCUAAAGACUCCAAGAAACUGAAUCAAGCUAUUAGAAAGGAUUUGUCUCACAUUACUGAAACCAGCAAGAAGCAAAGUACAAAGGAACUUGAUAAUUCUUCCUUCAUUAAAAAUAGCAAAAUUAAACAACACAAUAAACAAGGGGAAAUUGAUGAGUUAAUUAAACCAGAUCACAGACUGGAUGAACUUGUUUGGAAAGGCAGAAUGAGAGAGAUGCCAUUGCAUGAUCAUCCAGAACAUAACCUGACCUUUACAAGAAUGGAUGGAAAACUAGACUUCCUGUAUGCAAAUCAGUUUCUUAAAAAAGAUAUCAUAUCAACCAACAAAUUGCAAUUGAAUCAAAGUAAAAAACUGGACCAUGGAACUAUCGCAAAAAAACAGCUUCACAAAACAUUUACAUUUGAGCAGAUAAUUAGCAAUGAAACAACUGGGGUGAAACUCUGGGACAAUGAUACAGCAGCAACCUUCAGGGAAUCUGAUAUAACGUCUAAUCAAACAUCUUUUAACAGAACUUCAACCACUGAAACUAUAAUCAAUCCUCAACAAGCCAGGGAAGAGUCAAUUGAUUAUGAUGACUACGCAGAUGACAUUAACAGUGGAGGUGGUGAUGAUUCCAACUACAGAAAUCAGCAUAAUGCUAACUUUGGAGAUUUCUCAAAUAGAGAGUGGUGCCCAGAGGAGGCUCCAAUACAGAUCCUUCGAACAGCUAAUUCGCAGUCUAAAUACUAUUACAUUGCAGCUGAGGAACUGAUUUGGGAUUAUGCAGCCAAGCAAACAACUGAAGCUUCUAAGCACAGGCAGAGACAGCAAUCACAGGGGAAGAGUCUUGGCAGCAAAUUCAAGAAGGCAAUGUUUUUGCAAUACAAAGACAACAUGUUUAAACAUCCUGUAGUCCGUGGAGAGGCUGAGGAACAUUUGGGUAUUCUCGGGCCUGUUAUCAGUGCUGAGGUCAAUGAUAUCAUUGUGGUGAAGUUCAAGAAUAUGGCCUCCAGACCUUUCUCCAUUCACACUCAUGGAGUGCCACGUGAGAUACCAUACGAAUACAAAUAUGAAGAGGAGGUGGUGAUAGACUGGCCUAGAAAGGCUGAUGAUAUUGUUUAUCCAAAUAAAACAAAGGUUUACAUUUGGCACGUAACAAAGGGAUCAGCACCAACCGAUAAGGACUUUGAUUGCAGAGCCUGGACAUAUCAUUCAGAUGUCAAUCCGGAACGAGACAUCCAUACAGGCUUGAUUGGUCCUUUAAUCAUCUGUAGAAAAGGGACGCUGAACAAGAUCUAUAGUGGGCAGCUAAAGAUUCAGGAAUUCUCUUUGCUUUUCAUGACUUUUGAUGAAAACAAAAGCUGGUACUUGGAAGACAACAUCAAAAUGUUCUGCAAGUACCCUUGUCAUGUCAGAGCCGAAGACCCCGCAUUUCAAAACAACAAUAAAUUUCACGCAAUCAAUGGGCACGUGGCAGAAAGUCUGCCUGGGCUGGUAAUGGCACAGAACCGCUUAGUCCGCUGGUAUCUCAUAAACAUGGGUGGAUCAACUGAUAUUUACAGUGUGCAUUUCCAUGGCCAACCUUUUAUAAUGAGAAGAUUUAAAGAGCACAGGAUGGGUGUUUACACACUAUUCCCUGGUUCGUUUGGUACAAUUGAAAUGCUUCCAACUAAAGUAGGCUAUUGGCUUGUGGACUGUGAGACUGCUGAACACCAACAGGCAGGGAUGCGUGCCAUCUUCCUGGUAUACAAUACCUAUUGCGUAGUACCCCUAGGUCUGGCCACUGGAAGAAUAGCAGAUUCACAGCUCACAGCUUCUGGACAAAUAGGAAAAUGGAGACCUCAGUUGGCAAGAUUACACAACUCUGGAUUCACCAAUGCAUGGCGGGGUAAAGGAAGUCGACCAUGGAUUCAGGUUGAUUUAAAGUCACCAAUGUUUGUUCAUGGAAUAAUUACACAGGGAGCCCGUCACUAUUUUAAACACCUCUAUGUUGACCACUUCUAUAUUGCUUACAGCCUGGACACUUAUACUUGGAGAAAAUACAAAAGCAAUUCAACCUUGGACAUUAAAAUCUUUAAAGGAAACACUGAUGCAACAGGGACAGUGAAAAACUAUUUCAAUCCACCAAUCAUAGCUCGGUAUAUCAGAGUCUACCCAAAGCCAAGCACAGGACAGUCAGCACUACGAAUGGAACUGCUGGGCUGUGAUCUACAGAGUUGUUCUCUGCCAUUAGGGAUGGAGAAUAGAGUCAUUGCAGACCACCAACUCAGUGCCUCUUCAUUCUGGGUUAGCAUUAGUGCUUGGACCCCGUCACUGGCUCGACUCAACAAAGAAGGAUUCACAAAUGCAUGGGUACCAAAGAGAAAUAACCCUCAUGAAUGGCUCCAGAUCAACUUCCAACGUAGGAAAAAGAUCACAGGAAUCAUAACCCAAGGUGCCAGUCACCUAGGGCGGGCUAUGUUUGUGAAGGAGUUUAUUGUCUCCUACAGUGAUAAUCGUAACAACUGGACAGUAUUCAAAGAGAGAAAAACCUUAAAGGAAAAGGUAUUCAAAGGGAAUGUGGAUGGUAAAGGCCAAGUUCAGAACACCUUUGAUCCUCCCAUAUUUGCUCAGUAUUUGAGAAUUUUUCCAAAAACCUGGCAACAAAAUAUUGCCUUACGUGUUGAGGUAUUGGGAUGUGAGACGGAACAGAGACUUUAAAGACAAAAUAAUGUAUUAAAAAUGAAUAAAACUGAAUAUAUUAAAGAUUUUUGAAAGAAAAUGUAUUGUAGAUAGCCAGAUUUUCAAGUUCUGCUUCUAUUCCAGUGUAUCAUGUCAAUGUAUGUGUGUGAGUGUGGCACUUUUACCUUGAGUCUGUUAUAGAGUCAUACAGCAUGGAAACAGACCCUUUGGUCCAACCUGUAUUCCCAUGAUCAUGUUCCCACACUAAACUAGUCCCACCUGCCUGCAUUUGGCCCAUAUCCCUUCAAACCUUUCCUAUGCAUAUGCUUACUUACCCAAACCUCUUUUAAAUGUUGUAACUGUACCUGCAUCUACUACUUCCUCUGGCAGUUCAUUACACUGAUGAACCACUCUCACCUUAUGUCCCCUAGUUUUGAACUCCCCCACUUUAGGGAAAAGACCUUUGCUAUUCCUCUUAUCUAUGCCCCUCAUGAUUUUAUAAGCCUCUGAAAGGUCGCCCCUCAACUUCCGAUGCUCCAGUGAGAAAAGUCCCAGCCUAUCCAGCCUCCCCUUAUAACUCAAAUCCCCCAGUCCCAGCAACAUCCUGGUAGAUCUUUAUGAAUCCUUUCCACUUUAGUAAUAUUCAUCCACUAAUAGGCCGACCAGACUGUUCACAGUACUCCAAAAGUGGCCUCACCAACAUGCUGUACAACCUCAACAUGUCAUCCCAACUUGUACACUCAAUGGUCUGUGCAAUGAAGGCAAGUAUACGAAAUGCCUUCUUAAACACCCUGUCUACACGUGACGCAACUUUCAAAGAACUACGUACCUGAACCCUCAGGUCUCUCUGUUCAACAACAGUACCCAGGGUCCUACCAUUGACUGUGUAAGUCCUACCCUUAUUUGUUUUACCAAAAUGCAAUACCUCGCAUUUAUCCAAGAUUAUCAGUAUGAUUACUUAUUUAUCUACCCUUAUUAUAUAUUCACCUGUUGUUUCCUCCCCGAAUGACAGCAACUAGAAUCUCGAUUCAUUAUGUCAUGAGUAACAAAUAUCAAUAUUACCAGAUGAUCCCACAAGUAUCCCACAUACUUUAUAAGUGCCUUUUGUGUUCUUCAACGAUUUACGUAAUUCUUAAGAAACAAAGUCUGAUUAUCUUCAUUGGUAAAUGACAUCAUUGUGAAACUUGUUCUCACAUCCAUUUGUCACAUAAUCAAUGUUGAUUUUUAUAUUGGAAUGAGAGCUACUAACACUGUUGAUCAGACAGGUGUCAAGGAUUUCUUAGUGGGUUCAUCAUUUACUGGUAUCAAUAUCAGUGAUGGUCCACUGAAAGCUGCUCUCAUGAUGGCCACAAUGAAGUACAGGUCAGUUAAACAAGCAAUAUGAAUCACACAUGUGACAGGAUGAUCAGGUAAAAACCAAAAGAACUGCGGAUGCUGUAAAUAGGGAACAAAAACAAAGUUGCUGGAAAAGCUCAGCAAGUCUGGCAGCAUCUGUGGAGGAGAAAGCAGAGUUAACAUUUUGGGUUUGGUGACCCUUCCUCAGAACUGCAACUGGAUGAUGAGGUUGUUGCCGCAGAAACAGCAGCAGUGCUGUACAAUCUCAAAUUGUUGUUAUAUUCCUCGACCUUCUUCAUCUUUCUCCAUGGCCACCUGUAAGAAGACUUCAAGUAUGUUCCUUUGUUUUCGAAUGUUGAUUGAAAAGUGCCCUUAUUGGGGAAAAAAAAUUACUCAUUCCCAGCUUUCUGCACUUCCAUAAUUUAAAAAUUGUUUGUGCAUUUUGCACUGUUCCAAGUGUAGAUUGGUAAUAUUUAAUGAAAUUCUAAGGAACUGACAAAAUAAAUGCUUUUUAAUAAGAGAAUUUUGGCAGUUAAAUUUUCAUUGAUAAAACACAGAACGUCAUGGCAAUCAGUUUGUUGUAUCACACUCCCCUUUGGAAAGGCCCAGUAAAUCUCUGUAUUCCUUUGCCAAAACAUUAUUUGCUGUCCUUUUACAUUGAAGAUUAUGGUGACUGAAUUUUAAUUAGCCUAAUUAACUCAGGAGGUCAUGGUUGUAUGGAUAUAAUAAUGGAUACAUUCCAUUGAGUUAAGUCAGAGGCAAACAAAAUCUACUCUAUGGUAUCCAAUACUAUUUUUUAGUUCAUUGCCCACUGGUUCAUGUCCAAUAUUUGAAGUUCACCACGACAAUGAAACAAGAAGUAUUGUUUGAGUAUUUCAAGGUAUAUAUAUAUAUAGGCCAUUAAAACUACCUGCCAUGCAAGACUGACUUUCUGUCAUAAUUUGUAGAGAGUGUUUUGAGUUUAUCUGUCCAAAUGGAGUGCAUUUAUCCUUACACAUGUAUGAAUGCAUUUCCCUCUCCGUACACAGUGCAUAAUUUAGUAUCACAAAUGUACAGAUGUGUAGACAGAUGAUGGUCCAUCAGGUCAUCUGGAUAGAUGUGACCUAACAAUGUGUUAAAAAUAUUUCAUUUGUUAAGUAAAUACCCUAAAUCUGUUCGAAUUGAUGGUUUGUGUGGAGCUGUUUCUUGUCUGCUAGGGCAAUGGCAGCUACUUAUCAAUGCUGUAGUUUGGUAGAAUUACAACUCUGACAAAAUAGUCGGAGCAUAACAACGUUUUGUAAACCAAAAAAUGACAUCCUUAAAUAUGGAAAAGACCAUCAUUUGCCAAUGA